AUGCCGCUGUGCCGGCACCGCAGCGCCCGCCCGCCGCCCCGGGACUGCAGCGGGGAGCCGGCACGGCACGGCACGGCGCGGCGCGGCGGCACACGUGGGCCGGGGGGCGGGCGGUCCCCGCGCCACGUGCGACCGGGAGCCGGCCUGCGGCGCCCCGGCGGGAGGGGCCGGCGGAGCGGAACGCUACGCGGGGCACCGAAGAGUUCGCGGGAGCAUCCCCGCGGCGGGCGGCACCGAGCGCCCGCUCCGCACCCGCACAGCGGCUCCGUACGGCCGCAGCCCUGCCUGAGUGACCCGGGACCGGCAGGGGUGGCUGCCCCUCGUGUCUUGAAGCGUUUCAAGGGCAGAGGGACAGGGGGAGCGGAGAUUUCCACCGGGCCCGGGCCCGAGUGCCUCCCCUCUGUUCGGGGCUCCGCCGAGCGCUCCGAGCUCCGGGACUCCCCGCCAGCUCACCGGGGCCGCUCCCGCCGCCCCUCGGGCUCCGACUCGAGGCCAUCGGGGCGCUCAGGGAGCCCCGCAUGGACCCCGGGAGAAGCCGGAGGGGGUUCCCAAGGGCGGGGAGCCCUGCCGGGACAGCGGGCUGCCCCUGCGCUCCGAGUGCCCCUGCUCCGGCUGCCCGGGCCUCUCGCACUCGGCCCGCCGGGCUCCCCGAGGGCGGCUCUAGGGUUCCCCGGCGCUCGGCCCGCUCUUGCGGUGGGAUUUGUGCCUCGGUCCCGAAGCCGCGCUGCUGCCCGCAGCCCCGGCGCUCCGGACCGCGGCGCGGAGGGUGUCCGCAGGUGGGUGCCGGCUCCCCCGCCGCGCCGGGUCCCUCACCAGCAGAUGGUGCUGCCGCCGCCCCAUCCCCGGGGCUGCGGGGCCCCGACGGACCGCACCUGGCCCGGCUCAGCCCUCCCGCAGUCAGCCCUCCUUCGCCGGGGCGCCAGCGGCACCGGGGCCCGCAGCCACGGCGGCCGAGGGCCCAGGGCCGGGCGCGUUAAGUGUCCCGGAGGUCUCAGACUCCUUGUGGGAAUUCGGGGCUUGCCCGGGAAGCGGCUGCUGACGGAGAGGAUGUCCGGUUAGGAUGGACAUUCCUUGAGGCUCCCGGGAUCGUCGGCAGCUGCCACCGAUCCCCGGCCCGACCUUGCCCCAGAGCUGACGGCCGCAACCGCGUGCACUUCUGCAGUGCGCCGAGCCCGGUCCGUCCUGGGGGCAGCGACGGAGCCUGGCCCUGGUACGGGGGUCGUGGGUGCCAUCACACCGUGCAUCCCCGAUGCGGACGUUUCCACACCAGGCUGCUGCCGCCCCUCUUCUUUCCGUGCCGCUGGUCGGGCACCGAUGGACUCGGAGGCAGGUGGGAAAGGGCGACCGGCGGCUCGAUUCUCUGUGCCCCGGUUCCCCGCAGUGCCCGACGGCCUUCGACCGGCAGAGCCCCAGCUGCGGGCAGGGCGCACCGAGCGCGUCGCUGCCGCGCUCCGGGCUGCUGGCGGCCCCCGGUCCUGCUGCGCCCGUCGGGUCCCGCAGAGCCUCCAGCGCUCGGUCGCGGGGGCCUCGCCCAGCACCGCGGGCCCCGGCGCGGUUUGGAGCUGACUCUUCCCUCAGGCUGGGGACAGGAGAGCGCUGCCGGUGGAGAAACCUCCAGGUGUGAAGGGAAGAACUCUCAUUCUCCUUGAUGUCAACACCAAGAGCCCUGUCAGGAUAAUCAGUGAGAAUUUCCUCUCCCU